CGGGCGGUCGGGCGGGAAACCCAGCGAACCGGACCCUAGAAAUCCCUAGUCUCCCCCGAUCGCUCUGCCAUCCCCUCUUCGAGUCCUCUUCCUCCGUGGUUCUCCGCCCCUCCUCCUCAGCCACCGACGACGCUGGAGACGGUGGAAGAGGGCUCCUGACGGCAUAGCCUCCGUGUCCUCCUUCUCCUCUCGGAUACCAGCCAGCUAUAACUAAUUCUUGAAUGGAGAACCCAAUCAUGGAGAGUCCACAGUCAGCAACAUUUUCUUCUACUGAUGUUGAUCAUCACUCAGAGAAUAUGAUCCCGCAUCAUGCAAAUGAUGAGGAGGCCGAGCCAAAAUGUGAUGUCAGUGUUGAAGAAAUCAGAAGUAUAAUGCAGGUCAUUGCUGCAACUGGAAAAUUCUGGCAUGAUUGGGACAUGCUGAAAAGCUUGCUAUCAUUUCAGCUAAAGCAGGUUUUGGCAGAAUACCCUGAAGCCCAAAUGGUCAGUGGUGUUGAGUCACAACAGAGUUCUUUAUCAGGCGAAACAUAUCCAGAGUUAGUAAAAUGGCUGGAUGAAGCUCUAUUAUGUUUUGUGGAAGGUCCUCCGUUUACGCUGCAAAGACUCUGUGAGAUUCUUCUGAACCCAAAAGGCACAUAUACAAAUCUCUCGAAGCUUGCAUUGGCCUUGGAAAAGGUUAGUUAGCAGAAGCUCUUUUGGCAGGUUGAUACAUGCACAAUAGUUCUGGAAAAAGUCUUUUAUUUUGUACGUUAUAGACUCUACAGGUACAUCUAGCUGCUUGUAAUUUCUAAACAUUUGUUAAUUUGUAUAAUAACUUUGACAUACAUUAUCCCUUCUUUGCAUAUCAAUUUUAAUUUAAAUCUGAACUUUUCAGUAACUCUUCGAAUUUGUGCCAGCUGAAAUAGAUUAAGCAGUUUAAUGUUUAUGGAUAGUCUUCAAU